GGUGCGAAGUUGGUCGAUUUUGAUCACGUUAUUCGAACUGUUUUUCCCUAAACCGUGAAAUAACACGUGUAAACCCCGUUAGAUUUCCUUUCCAAAAUUUUACUCCUAAUAAUAGAAUGACGUCAAAAGGACCAGCUCAAGCUGUGCAGGUGUUUGGGCGUAAAAAAACAGCAACAGCAGUUGCCCACUGCAAGAGGGGUAAAGGCUUAAUCAAGAUCAAUGGCCGGCCUAUAGAACAUAUGGAACCUGAGGUCCUACGUUAUAAGCUCUCGGAGCCAGUUCUGCUGUUGGGCAAGGAGAAGUUUGCUGGUGUCGACAUUCGUGUUCGGGUCCGCGGAGGUGGUCACGUCGCACAGAUCUAUGCUAUUCGACAGGCCAUAUCCAAGUCACUUGUGGCGUAUUACCAGAAAUAUGUUGAUGAGGCAUCCAAGAAGGAGAUCAAGGACCUGCUGCUGGCCUACGACAAGAGUCUCCUGGUCGCUGACCCCAGGCGCUGUGAGGCCAAGAAGUUCGGAGGGCCAGGUGCCAGGUCCAAAUACCAGAAAUCUUACCGUUAAAUCUUCUUGUACACACUGCGACAAUAAAGAAAAAAAAUCA